UGAGAGCGGCUGCUGGGGUCUCCCUCGCCUCAUUGGCAGAACUUAGGAAGAGGAGGAGAGGUGAACUCCCCGGCCAGCUGUGUGACCCCAGCCGCUGCGUCUUACACAGGCAGGAGGGGAUACACAGGGAGAGACGGGAAGGAUGAUGCGGAGAUAUUUAUGGUGGGAAAGAGGGUAAAAGGGUGAAAGUCUGGGACAGCUGGGAGGAAAGGAGUAGAGAAGCGAGGGAGGAGCGUUCCUGUUGGCGCCUCAUCCUUCCGAGUCUGGGCUCCACCAAGCCUGGCAACUUCUUGCUUCGCGUUGUGUGGGGGAAACUCCUCUGAGGGUAGCUUAGUCUCUCAUUUUUGUCAUAUUCCUUCCCCUCUCUGACUUCUCAUCCCUGGGAGAAAAAGUCACUCUUGAAAUGCUGGCUUUCAUGAAGAGGCUAAGAAUUAUUCUUUAACUAAUGGAAAAUGGAAGAAAAUAAAGAUACUGAUUCAAAAGAAAGUGGAGAAUAUGAAGAAGACUUUGAAAAGGACCUGGAGUGGUUAAUUAAUGAGAAAGAAAAAAAUGGUGCCAGCAUAAUGGAGAUGGCUUGUGGGAAUGAAGAGAAUAUUAACCAAGAAUUAAAAGAGAAUGAAACAGAAAUAGAACACACCAAACAGCUUUCUGAUCCUGACAAAUCUUUGAAGGAUGAGGUUUCAUCAAGAAGAAAUGACUUCAUUUCUGUACCAAGUAUUCAACCUUUGGAUCCCAUAUCAGAUUCAGAUAGUGAAAACUCUUUCCAGGAAUCCAAACUGGAAAGCCAGAAAGACCUGGAAGAGGAAGAGGAUGAGGAAGUAAGGAGAUAUAUUAUGGAGAAAAUUAUACAAGCCAACAAACUUCUACAGAAUCAAGAACCUGUGAAUGAUAAAAGGGAGCGAAAACUUAAGUUCAAGGACAAAUUAGUUGAUCUGGAAGUUCCUCCACUGGAUGACACUGAUACUUACAAAAAUCAUUUUGAAAAUGAAAGAAAUGUAUCUGGAAAACUGUCACAGUUAUGUAUUUCCAAUGAAUUUGGACAAGAAAAUGUGCUCCUGUCACUGACUGAUGGAAGUUGUGAAGAAAACAAGGAUGGGAAGAUACUAGUAGAGAGAGAUGGAAAGUUUGAGCUUCUGAAUUUACAAGACAUUGAGAGUCAGGGGUUUUUGCCUCCCAUUAAUAAUGCUAAUAAUACAGAAAAUGAGCCUCAGCAGUUAUCACCCAGAUCUUCCAACUCAUCUGUCAGUGGUGUCAAGAAAGAAGAGCCUAUAGCAAGGAUUCAUGCUAUGGCUCACUCAUCAACAGAAGAGACCGUGGCUUAUAUCCCUCAACCACCUCCCAACCCCAAGACUCGUCCAAGCUCUGCGGCCAACUCAGAUCGAAGUAAAGAGAAUGGAAAAUCUAAUCACAGGACACAGUCUGCAAAUAUAUCUCCAGUGACCUCAACAUAUUGUCUUUCCCCUCGACAGAAAGAACUGCAAAAACGGCUGGAACAAAAGAGAGAAAAGCUAAAAAGAGAGGAAGAACAACGGAAAAUAGAAGAAGAGAAAGAAAAGAAAAAAGAGAACGACAUGGUAUUUAAAGUAUGGCUGCAAAAGAAAAGAGAGCAGGUCCUAGAAAUGAGGAGAAUUCAGCGAGCAAAGCAAAUUGAGGACAUGAAUAGUAGACAGGAAAACAGAGAUCCACAACAAGCUUUUCGAUUAUGGCUUAAAAAAAAGCAUGAAGAGCAGCUGAAAGAAAGAAAGACUGAAGAACUGCGAAAGCAAGAGGAAUGCUUAUACUUCCUUAAAGGAACAGAAGGCCGUGAAAGGGCCUUUAAACUCUGGCUGAGAAGGAAACGGAUAGAGAAACUAGCAGAGCAACAAGCUGCCAAAGAAAGAGCUAGACAGCUCCGACUAGAAGCAAAGCAUUCUAAGCACUUACAGUACCACCUAUAUAAUAUGCCAGAAGCCAAAUCUUUUCGUUUUACUGAUCCUUACAACUGACAGUAUCUAUUAAAUACUUCAUUUGGAAGCUGCUAUCCUCCGAGUUUUGCAUAUCAUUUCUUAUGGCCUGUGUGCUUUGGUCAUACUCUGAAUUAUGGAAAUGGUACAUAUCUUUUGGUGAUGUUGACAGUGAAUUUAUCUUUUAUUUUUUAACACUAGAACAAAAUAAAUUUCUUCUCUCGCAGUGUUGUAAUGUGUUAUACCAUCUCUUAGUCCAUGCAAUAAAUUGCACAACAAAUGAACUCUACAUUCCUUUACUUCCAAAUUAUUUUAACAUUUCUAGCUGGAAAGAACACAAGAAAGGGACAGAGCUUCAUUCUUAGUUCCUAUUAUCAUUAAAAAAAUUGCAAUAGAACAUUCCAUAAGGUGGGAGUGACCUCUUAAACAAGUCUGGUUCAAGGCCUUAUACAAUGUCCUGUUUAUGUCAGUUUUGAAUUUGAAUAGCUGUGGCAAGCUAGGCAAUAGGGUAGGCCUCCUUCCACAUGUUUUUUUUAAAAAGCAAAGAUAGUAACAAUUAUGCAUAAUACUACUUUAGAUAUGUUACAAAAUCAGCCAGCACUUCUUGAGAGUUUAUAAUGUGUCUGGUAUUGUGGUUGUAAAUGCUUUACAUAAAUAAUUCGAUAUAAUGCUUAUAACAACCCUAUUAGUCUUGUUUUGCAGAUGAGGAAACUAAAGUACAGAGGUGAGUAGCUUGCUCACAGACUCUGAUCUGUAUGAUUGCAAAAUCCUUGCUCUUAGUUAUAUUAUAAAGCUUACAUACCUUGGUAGACAUUUAUGAAAUAUUUAAGACUAUACAGGAAUCCGAUGUGUGGAGGAACAGUACCCUUGAUAUGUGUAGAAGCAUUUAAGGGGUGGAGGACAAAGGUAAACAUACAAGUGUGAUGUAGAGUGGAGAAUCACUAUAGGAGUUCUAUUAAAGCUUCAGAAGACAAGGUUCUUAUCAACUGGGUAUUUGCACCUCAAUUUCUUGACCAUAAUUAGAAAACACAGAGAACUAUUCAAUCCUAUCUCUGCUUCUUACAGCACUUUGAGCACAUACCAAGCAAUUUAACAUUUCAUUAUAACUAGUCUUGUGUCAUUUAAAGUUAUCCUUAAGGAUAAGAACCAAUUUGAAGUUUAAAUAUUCCACAUUAAAAAAAAAAGUUUGGAAUUUUGAUAGAGAUUGCAGUGAAUCUGUAGAUUGUAUUGGGUAGUAUUGCCAUCUUAGUUAAUACUGUCUUCCAAUCCAUAAACACAGAAUGUCUUUUCAUUUAGUGCAGCAAGGUUUUGUAGUUUUCAGUGUACAAGUCUUUCACCUCCUUGGUUAACUUUAUUCAUAGAUAUUUUAUUCUUUUGGAUUCUAUUGCAAAAGGCCAUGUUUUCUUAAUUUCCUUUUUGGGUUGUGUACUCAAAACACAAAUACAAAUGAUUUUUGUGCAUUAAUGUUGUACCCUGCAACUUUGCUGAAUUUAUUAGCACUAGAUUUUUUGGUGAAUUUUUUGGAAUUUUCUAUAUAUAGGAUAAUAUCUUCUGCAAACAGAGAUAGUUUUACUUCUUCCUUUCCAAAUUGGAUGCCUUUUAUUUCUUUCUCUUGACUGAUUACUCUGGCUAAACCUUCCAGUAUACUGUGUAAGAGUAGUGGUGAAAGUAGGCAUCCUCACUUUGUUCUUGAUCUUAGGAGGAAAGCUUUUAGUCCUUCACCAUUGAGGGGGAUGUUAGCUGUGGGUUUUCUAUAAAUGCCCUUUACAAAGUUGAAGUUCUACUUUUAUUCCUCUAUUCUACUUAUUCCUAUUCUUCUGUUUUUCUGAGUGUUUUUAUCAUGAAAGGGUGUUGGAUUUUAUCGAAUCUUCUUACUGCAUUUAGUGAAAUGAUCAUGUGGUUUUUCUCCUUUGUUCUAUUAAUGUGAUAUAUUAUAUUGUUCAUUUUCUUAUGUUGCACCACCCUUGCACUCCUGAGAUAAAUACAGUUUGGUCACGGUGUGUAACCCUUUUACUGUGCCAUUGCAUUUGAUUUGCUAGUAUUUUGUUGAGAAUUUUUCAUCUACAUUUCAUGAGAUAAUGGUCUGUAGUACUCUUUCUUUUCUUGUGGUGUCUUUGUGUGGCUUUGCUAUCAGGGUAAUACUGGCCUCAUAGAAUGAGUCAGGAAGUGUUCCCUGUUCCCCUCUUUUAUUUAUUUAUUUAUUUGAGAGUUUAUAAUGUGUCAGGUACACAUUAUGUUGUGUAUCAGAUGUUGUGUACCAAAUGUUUCUUUCUUUCUUCUUUUCUUUCUUUCUCCCCUCUCUCUCAGCUAACAUUUGUUGCCAAUCUUCCUCUUUUUUGCUGAGGAAGAUUGGCCCUGGGUGAACAUCCAUGCCCAUCUUCCUCUACUUUAUAUGGGACGCCUGCAACAGCGUGGCUUGAUGAGCAGUGCAUAGGUCCACACCCAGGAUCUGAACCCGUGAACCCUGGGCCACUGGAGUGGAGCGCAUGAUCUUAACUGCUAAGCCACCAGGCUGGCCCCUCUUUUAUUUUUUUUUGGAAGAGAUUGAGAAUGAUUGGUAUUAAUUCUUCUCUUAAUAGUUGGUAGAAUUCACCAGUGAAACUAUUCAGUCCUGGACUUUUGUUGGGAGUUUUUUUUAAUAGACUUCAUUUUUUAGGGCAGUUUUAGGUUCACAGCAAAAUUGAGCAAAAAGCAGAGUUCCCAUAUAUCCCCUGCUGCCCCACGUCCUCAAAACCUCCUCCACUAUCAAUCAACAUCCCUCACCACAGUGAUACAUUUGUUAGUCAAUGAACCUACAUUGACACAUCAUUAUUACCCAAGAUCUGUCGCUUACGUUGGGAUUCUCUCUUGGUCUUGGGAGGUUUUUGAUUACUGAUUUAAUCUCUACUUGUUAUAGGCCUGUUCAUAUUUUAUAUUUCUUCUUGAGUCAGUUUUGAUCAUUUAUGUUUCUGGAAUUUAUCCAUUUCAUGUAGGUUACUUAAUUUGUUGGUGUACAAUUGUUCCUUUUUUAUUUAUAUGAGGUUGGUAAUAAAGUCCCCACUUUCACUUCUG